AUGGCCGACGAUGCGACGACGUCUGCGGUGUCGGCGUCAGUGCCGGAGGCCGAUACUCAGGUCGAGGGCCUGCAACUGGCGGAGCAAACCAAGGCCCUGAUCAUGAAUCGCAUCUCCGAGCUCUCCCAACAGGCCGCCGAUGAGAAGCCCGCACCGACGUUGGAAGAGGAGCGCGACGCAGUCGAUCAACUGCUGGCCAAGGCAGCACCAGAUGAGCGCUACGAGACGCUGCGCAACCUUUACGUCUCCUUGAAAAUUUCCUACAACCGCGUCCUGCCUCAGAUCCAGCGUAUGCAAACCAAGUUCCAACAGCUGAUCAGUCAACGUGACAAGGCAACCGAGGAGCUCGAGCGAGCCAACACCGCACGCCGUACACUCGAGGAACUCUGUCGAGGCCUGCAGCAGCAGAACAAGCUCAUCAAGGAGGAGAACGACCGCGUGUUUAGUGCCGCCGAGGAGAAACGCAAGCAGUUGUCGGCUCAGUUUCAGGCCUCACUGGAUGAUAUUUCAGAAAAGAUCAAAGCCGAUGAAGCCCACAAGCUCAAGACAGUGCAGCAGAGCGAGGAGCUGCAAAAGAAGUUUGAAGAGGCAAUGCAGCGCUAUCAGCUAGGCGAGGCACACUACCAGAAGCAGCUCAAGAUGCGAGAUCUUCAAGUGCAACUGGCCGAGGCUAAGCAGGCACAGGCCGAGCUCUCCCGCAAUGAACAGGUGACCAUGGUGCAAGAGCUACAAACCAAGCUGAAAGAAAAGGAGGUGACCGAGUCGAGCCUCAAGACCCAGCUGGCCAGUUAUGCCCAAAAGUUUGAGCAGUUUCAAGAAACCUUGACGCGGAGCAAUAACGUCUUUGGCAGCUUCAAGGCUGAGAUGGAGAAGAAGGCCAAGGAGCUGAAGCAGCGCGAGGAAGAAAACUCACGUUGGCGUGUGCGCCUGGAAAAGACCAAUGUGGCGCUAGCCUCGCUCAAGGCAGAGCAUGAGGCUACGUUGCAGGAGAACCGUGCACAACAAGCCAAAACAGAAAAGCUCGAGCAGCUGUGCCGGGCCUUGCAGCAACAGCGCCUCGAGCUAGUCCAACAAGUGGAAGGGCUCAAGCCUCAGGCACCCGAGGAGUCCGAGGAAUCCCCUGCGCCUUCUCCCGCAGCGGCUGCCACGGAGGACUAG